CAAUCCCGGUCUUAACAGAGAGUCGCUUUACUUAGGACAUAGGUCGAGUCAUUUGGAUAGUACCCCUUGCCAAAUUUUGAGAAGCUUAGCAAGGAUGGACAGCAUUCUCCAAGCUGCUGAAAAAGAGCCUCCUUUAUCAGACUUGGAUGACGAGCGAGCUGCUCGCAUAGCGCGAAACCAACAAAUGCUGCAGACUCUGGGGGUUCCUGCAGCUGCGAAUGGACUGAAGUCGGUGGCGAAAAAACCCGCCAAGCGGCCACGCACUUCUGCGGAGCCGUCGGCGGAAGCUGCGGCUGCGCCGGCUCGCAGGUCCUCUCGCGCCGCUGCAGUCAGGACCCGCGAGCGGAUACAAGCGCGAUCACGUGCUGACGUCACAUCUGAGGAUGAGGAGCUCCGGGGCGACAGUGACGGCGGCAGCGGCAGCGGAGAGCCUGUGCAGGACACGGAAGAUGAGGAGGCCGGCACCAGCGAUGCCAGCGAGGACGCCAGUGACGAUGAAGCGCGAAAUGGUGUUGACUCAGCGGGGGCCGGGCCGGGCUCGACAGGCCCAUCGCGGAAAGGGGCUCGGACGGCGCCAAGGCCAGCAGCCAGCGGGCGCGGCAGCAGCCGAGGGAGAGGGAGAGAGGCUGCACGAGGACGAGGUGACGGGGCGAAGCGCGGUCGGCGGACGGCGCAGCAGCAAGAGGAGGCUGACGGCGGCGAUGGCGCACCUGGUGCGGCGGGCUCACCAGACAAGAGCUCGGACGUCGAGUUAAUCGAGUCUGACAAUGAUGGGGCCAAGGGUGGCAAGAAGCGCCGAAAGGGAUCCGUUACACCGAGCGGAGCGGGCGGUGGCGAGGGGACUCCAAAGCGGGGGCGUGCUCGCAAAGGCGCAAGCGGUGGGACCGGCGGCCAUGGGCCUGCGGCCCGAGGUGGUGCUGCAUCCGGUGGACGGCGUGGCCGAAAAGCGGCAGGCGGCGGGGCGGGCGACGGCCCCGCAGGCUCGGGCGGUGACGCGGCCCCACUCGAGUCCGAGCUGUUGGGCAUGUGGGUGAUGCUGGCGGAGGGCGCGGAAGGCCAUGAGCAGGAGAGGCGUGUGCUGACCAUCGCAGGGAUACAACGUGUGGCGGAGGCGCUGUCGCUCGGGGCCUUCAACGAGCAGCAGCUCAAAGACAUGAUGGAGUUCGCGGCGGAAAAGGUGCCAAGCCUCACAUCGGAAGCACGCAGCCUGGACCUGCAGCAGUUCCGGGGGCUGGUGAAUGCGCUGUACCGCCCGCAGCCCGCGGCGCCGGCGCCCUCGGCCGCAGCCGCAAACGCCACAGCGGGCAGCGCAGCUGCAGCCGCCAGCGCAGGAGCUGGCGGUGAUCACGGCGGGCAGGCGGCUUCGGGCGCGGCAGCGAGCGGCGGUGGGGACAGCGGUGCGGCAGGGGAUGUGGGCGCGGCGGGUGGCGAUGACGAUGUUGUGGUCGUGGACGACGAGGUCCUGGGAUGAAGGCCAGCGGUGGGCUGCGCGUCUAGCGUGUCGCGCGGAGGCGCGUUACGAGGGCUGGGAAGCAGUGGGCAUGCUGCGUGUGGCUGCGCUGUAACGCGGCGGUGGCUAUGGCGCGGUAAAUGAUUAUGCCCAGUAGGCCCAGGCUGGUCUUAGUCGCUCAGGGCUUGAGGCUGUGUAUGUUCGUGAUUUGCGCGAGAUAACUAGCUGUGUGCGGAGUGCUGUCGAAACGCGAACGCGUGUGCUGCAGGUCUAACCGGUUGCGUUCCGUGCUCGUACGCCGUUAUUCAAGGCGCUGCGUCACUGCGUCUGCAGGCAUGUAUGCACACGACGUCUGGAAAUCGGCGCAGUGAACUGCUGGCGAAGGAAAGGCGUGCCGUUAGUUCGCGAUGGCAGUUGAGACCGGAAGCGAGCGAGAGGGCCACUACCCGUGGCCACUACCGCAUCGAUCGGUUACCAUGGUUCCUUGACGGAGGGAGCUCUACUGACUUUGCCCUUUCCAAAGUCUAACUUGAAGAAGUGGUCUGGAGGCGCUUUAGCACUCCCGACAAGUCACCGGGUCUGGUUACACU